GCGCUUUCUCGCGUUGGCAGUGUUUUGUCCCUUACAGCGAGCCGUAACAUGUCUCUCCAUAGCCACCGUAGGUCGUAACUGCGCAUAUGCUGGACAUUCAAAUGAUUCGCGUGUUAUCUGGCAAAUAAUAGCAUUUUAUUUAGUCUUAAAGAGCGAGGAGGCUGUCACAAUGUCUGUGCAAUCAACAAAUCCCAACAACCCGAUUGUCUUCUUCGACAUAACCAUCGGAGGGCAGGAUGUCGGACGGAUGAAGAUCGAGCUGUUUGCCGAUGUGGUUCCAAAGACGGCCGAGAAUUUCCGGCAGUUCUGCACUGGAGAAUUCAGAAAGGAUGGAGUCCCCAUUGGUUUCAAAGGUUGCACAUUCCACAGGGUGAUCAAAGACUUUAUGAUACAAGGAGGGGACUUUGUAAAUGGGGAUGGGACUGGGAUCUGCAGCAUCUACAGAGGUCCAUUUGCAGAUGAAAACUUCAAAAUGAAGCACAGUGCGCCUGGUCUUCUGGCCAUGGCAAACAGUGGGCCAGGGACAAAUGGUUGUCAGUUCUUCAUUACCUGUGUUAAAUGUGACUGGUUAGAUGGAAAGCAUGUCGUUUUUGGAAAAGUGGUCGAUGGUUUGCUGAUCAUGAGAAAAAUUGAGAAUGUUCCUACUGGACCCAACAACAAGCCCAAGCUCCCAAUCCUCAUUGCACAGUGUGGAGAGAUGUAAUCCAUCUGUUUUACAACACCAUGCAAGAACUAUUCAACCUCUGUACACAUGAUACAUAUUGAUUUUUUUUUUCCUGUAUGGAUGCCUUCUCCUAUAAUGCACAUUGAAGGGCAUUAUCAAGUUCAGCAGUACAUCAUUUUGGUCUGUUUUCAAAUUAAUUUAGCAAAACUUCAUGUUCAACACUGUUGUUUAUUUUCCGAGUCCAAAUGGAGACAAUUUGUGUAUCCUGUUAUAGACAAAUGAGAAAAUUUGACUUUUUGAAGGCUGAAGAAAACUGCUUGUCAUGUGAAACAUUGUCAUUCCUAUUUCAGCCACACUGUGUAUCAAUAAUGAUCAAUAAAUUGUUUUACAUUUUUAUAAA